CACAGAUGACAUUGCAAGUGGACACGCCUUAUAGAGAGACUUACGAGCUACGGGUCUGUCUCUGCUGAUUUAGUAGCAGUCAACGGAGGACUAUCUGUCAAGGCGAUCUUAUUCCUUAAUACAUAACUUUGAAUCAGUACCAAAUUAUGAAUCCUAAUAGGUGUGAUGACAUACGGAACACUGGAGCGGACCGCGGAGAGAACGAAACGCAAAUGGAUGGUAAUGAGAAUUACUCCAGAAACCAAAACAUCCAACCUCAAGAUUCUCGGAAUCCGAGACACUCAGAUGGAUACACCAUGAUCCCACCGAAUGAAUCAAGACGGAGCAAACUGCUGAGAAUGUCACAGAAAGAACAGGAUGAUCUGCAGAGAUGGAAGGAGGAACAUCGUCCUGGCCCGAUUCAACAGGCCCCAGAGAGGCUAGGUGGUGCUGUAUCAUUGGAAGAGGUACGACAGAGACAGCAAGCAGGGAGCUACCGGUCUAAACUCCAAAAAAAGCUCAAACAAGAGGACAUGAACCGAUGCAGGAGACAAGCAGAAGAAGAAGAGAAUCAGAGGAUGAAGGACAAGCAGAGAGAGAAGGCCAACAAACAUGAAUUGAAGAAAAAGCAGGAAGAGGAACAGAGAAAGGAGCUGUACCAACAUGAUCUUCUAAUGAAAAGAGAAGCGCAUCUUCAAAAGCUCGAAAGGUCCAACACGGUUCCUAUGGCAGCGAGCAGCUCCACACCCACGUCAUCUUGGGCUCGAGGGCACGAAUACAGGGAGGCCAGGAAGGUCCAGGAAGAAGUUAGCCUGCAGCAGAAGAAAGAUGAGCAAAGGAAAAAGAGUCAACUUUUGGAAGAAAAACAUAAACAAGAAGAGGAGGACAGGAAAAGACAAAUGGAAAAUGAACGGCUGCGGGUGAACUCGGCCUUCCUAGACAGACUGGAGGCGAGAGGAUCAGGUAGAGCGUCUGAGUCGCUCUCCUGCACCCCGGAGCUUGGUAAUGUCUGGCAGACGGAGGAACCGCAGGACCCUGCCUCAUCCCCUGUGUCCUUCCCAUCACAGCUCCACACUGACAGCGCAGCGGAGGAGGAUACUGACAGAGAACGGGUUGUAAUGAAGCUGCAGUCCAUGUUCUCUUAUUGCGAUCGAGAGUAUCUGGAAGACAUCGUCUCUCAGUGUAACGGCAAUUACCAACAAGCUUAUGACCUACUCAGUGCUUAAACGAGUAUGUUAUUGGCAUAGACCUUUAGUGUUGGGGCAUUACUAGCUUAACAAUUUUUUCUCUUUUCUUGGCAUGAUUAAAAUUGUUUUUCCAGUAACAAGCUACUUUUUCACCAAUUAAAAAGCAGUGAAGUUGUUUGUCACGCAAAACCUUUUUCCCUUUUCCCUACUAGUUUAAUGCUAGCCUUAAAUCAAGCAAAUUGCAAACCAUGUAAACCAUAGCAUCUUUCAGAAAUCAAGUUCAAUAUAUGUAAUUAGUGUAACUGUAUGUUGAGGCACAGGCAUCCUUUACCACUGACCUGUGUGGACACUAACAGGAUCAAAUAAGACUUUCAAGGCCAUGUUCAUCAAUGAUUAUGUGUGUAAAUGAUUCAAAUAGCAAUGAGUGCCUCUAUAGUAGCUUGUAGUAGCUGUUUUUUAGUAGCUAGCUUCUUUGUUAAAUGGGUAGUAGCAUAGCUAUUUUGAAUCAUGAGCUGAUUGUAGCUGAAAAGUUACCAUUUUAAAAUAGUGUUUCCAACACUGAAAAACUUACAAAGAAACAUUAAAUUCAAGAAGGCUGCUCAAAAAAGAUUCACUGUUAAGACUUCCUUCUUCUAUUGUUCGACUACAAUAAUAAACGUUCCUCUUAACAUAGCCGAGCAUGCCAGCCGUUUCAUUCUUCCAUCCCAGUUAUGAAAGCUCACUUAUGAGCUUUUUAAAAAAAAAUACAUGUCAGUAGUUUGAGUAACUCAUUCAAUCUAAGAUCAAAAAAUAUCCUAAGGGCAUUUCCUGGUUUGUGCUCACAAGUCUAAACAGUGAUGUAUAAUUCACAUGAGUGAAUGUUAAAGAGGGAAAUCGAAUAAGACUAAAGCAGCACACAGAUCACUGGCCACAUGAUUGUUUUGUUGUAUCCUGUACUGUGCAUGAACUUACCACUUCAGCUAUUGCUCAAUCCAGCACAUGCAGUCAUGAAAAACUGGAAAUUGAUGUUUCAUCUCACACCAAGAAGGGAAGAGUGCAGGUGUGUGUCGAUGUGUGUGGUCGGGAUCCUGAUCCAACUAUUACAUCCUGCAGGAUCAGGCUUUCCAACAGCAUCAAAGUUAAUGGAAUAGGAGCACUGAGGCCUUUUCACCCGGCUCAAAGGAACGCACAGUGCACUUUGCAAUCACCAAUAAUUUUGGUACCGCAUGUUGACAUUGAAUCACGAUUAAUCAUAUUCAAGUGCAGGAAGGGAAGAAUUUUGCACUUAUUAUGUUAAUCUAUCCCCCUAUUAAAUAGGCCAUUUCCUGUUAUAGCCAGCUUGCCUUUUGAUCCGUGUGUGUGUGUGUGUACAUGCUAGACAAGAGUAGAGUUGAGUGAAUGUUUAAUAGGGGGUUUCCAAUGUCUAAACCUACACAAAUGAAAUGAAUCUGUUAUCACUGAGGACUGAAUCUACAAGCACGUUUGACACAUGAUAAAAAUGGACCUGAGAAAUGUUUUUCUAGGCCACACAAAAAUCUGUGUUUAGUGAGAGAUAGUGAGAGAACCAUCGGCUCUGUCAUGACGAUACACAAGCCCAAUUGCUCCCAGUAGCUCACAUCUUUAUUCUGUAAAAACCUGCAGGACCCUGAUUACCUCAGCUGCAGUAAGGGGGAUUUCCUGCGGUUCCUCCCCUGAAUUAGGUCACAGCAUUACCCAUAUCACAAAAGAAUUCUGAGGAAAAAUAAUAACAACUAUAGACUGUUUUAAACCACUGAAUACACCCUGAAGAUCUGGAGGUUAUUAUCCUUUAGAGUCAAAGACAAAAUAUACUGAAAAAAAAUUACUUCAUUGGAUUUUGUUUUUGAAUGCUAUCCAAACUUCAUGAAAAGGAAAGGUCACGUUUUAAACUAUGAGUAACACUUGUUGCAGUUUUUCCAAAAUCAUCCGAAAUGGAACAAAUAGGGUAAUGAAAUACAGCCUAGCCCUUUACAACAAAAACAUGAUUGAAAAGAUUACCUGAGUUUAGUUAAACCCUAAAGGAUAUGUGCUUUCACAAAGGUCAUACAAUUUUACAUCUCUCAAGCCUAGAUCAGUUGUAGAUAACUUUCUUUAUUGGAAGGGAAGGAUAUUUAAGGUCGGUGAAGGACCUUAAUGUGAACUGGAAAAGCAUGCCUUUUGCAGGGCUGUAACAUGCAGAAAUCUCCACAACAACCACAACUGAGUCACUCUGCUUCCUGGGGAAAAAUCGGCUCCAUGAAAGAGAGACCAUGCAGGCACGCCUUGGCUGCUGAUGAACAGUGCUGACAGUUUGCUGACUUUUUUUGCACUCACACACACUCUCUCACACAUACACCCU